AUGCCAAUCUCACGUGCGAAAGCCUGCUUCCUCUGCAGGGACGCCAAAGCCCGGUGCGACAGGGCGACCCCUGAGUGUUCUCGGUGCGCGUCGCGGAAGCUCAGAUGCGUGUACGAUGGAAGGAACGGCUUCCGGGGCGCAGGCUCGUCCUAUCCUUACCCUUCGCAUGUAGCCUUACAGUCUCUGGGGCCUCAGGAGACGAUGAACCCUCUGACCCCACUCGGAGAUCAACAGCAACAAGAUGAGUCGCUUGCACGGUUGCUUUUGUCUUCCACUGAGACGCAGCAGCCUCUGGGAGUGGAUGAAUCAGUAGAAGAAGACGAUGCUUGGACUGCCGAUGGGCUGCUGGGAAGGGAUCCCAGCGUGGAUCCCCUCCUGGAGCUUGACCUCAAUGGGGAUACCUUUGCAUUAGGAGACAUUGAGCCUCACAACUUCGCUGACAAGGGGACAAUAAACCCUAACCUUAUUAGGCCCUGGAGAUUAGCGGCAGAUAUGCCAGAGGACAGUAACGCGUAUUCCCAUGAGACAUGGACCAUGCAGGAGAUCGUGACGAGCUCGACUGCCACCAGUCAGAAAGAUCUUGCCGCUCUCACUUCAACUACAACCACCACCACGACUGCCGCUACUGAUAAGAGCGGCUCGUCAGGUCACCCUCUCCUGAUGAAUCCCCUGUUCCACUCAUGUACGAUGAACUCGAUCCUCCUAGGCCAACUCACCAGCUACCCAAAGAUGAUGAUUGAGGGGGAUCAACUACCCCCCUUCAUCCAUGCACCGUGUCACAUUGACAACGACCUGGCCCCUGGCUGCGGAGAGAGGAGUCGUCACCAGUGCUUGCCCCAAGAAUUAGCCAUCUGUGCGAGUCUAGUGCAGAUGUUCUACGAGCGUACCAAGGCCAAUACGGAUUUCGUCUGGACUUUGAUAUAUGAGGAGCAAGACAGGCUUCAGCGGGAGUACUUCAAGUUCUCUUCAACGCAGCAACUGGCUGCCACACAAUCAGCCUUGGUACUCCUUCUUCUGCAGGCAUCAGAUCCAAGCACCGUCGAGAUUCAUAAUUCAGGGCAUCUGCUCAACACUGUUGUGGUAAGAUAUUCUCGCAUCAACUGGUUCCGUCGAAUAACCUCACCUGAAGAUCCAAAAACUAACUAUAUCCCUGUUUCCUUCGGUGCGAAGUGUUUCGUCGAACAUAUGGCACGAACGAACGAAUGGGCGACUGACGCACGAGACGCCGUCUCAAAUCGGCGCGAAUGGGUGUUUAGGGAGAGCAUACGCAGAGUUCUUGUAGUCCUGCACAUUGUUGCGAGGCUGCUCGAUGGGUUUGUACGCGGUGGCUGCACACCCGCUCCUGGGAGCAGCUUCCGAACGAUACCGCUCCCAUCAAGCCGCGACUUGUGGGAGGCUCGCACAAGUAGGGUGUGGACGAGGGACUACAAGAAGAACAUGGCAGCGAGGACCACGGACAAGGUGCUCACGGUAGGAGACGUUUUGGAAUCUGGCGGUGUGAGUAGGUCAUGUAGUGGCAGAGGUCCGACGACUCCUGAGCUACUGCCGGAGGUGAUGAGACGGGCUGGGGGCCUGGACACGCUGGGGAUGCUCGUAUGGAUGGUGAUACCGUUUGAAGAUGCUAGGGAAGUACACGAGCAUGAGGCGAUGAUAUGCUGGUCCUAG